UGCUAGCUUAUUUGUUUUAUUAAUACUCGCUAGAAUCAUCAUGGAGUCUGAAAAUCUUCAUCCCCGUGAACUUAAGGCUCAAGAGCUGUAUGUUAAAUAUUCCUCUCUGGUAACUCCAACAAGCCAUCCAGUUUCAACCAUAGAUGAAUGGAACCCAAACCUCUUUCCGAAUAUUGGUAGUAAACACAAUAGGGAUCUGAAUGAAACCAUGUCAAAAUCAAGGGAUCCAUGCUUCAACGAACAAUCUGCAAGUGAAUUUCUGCUUGCAAAUAUCAAAGAUGAGAUGUCGGAUUCCUUCCCCAGCCUGAGUGAGACGAUUUACUGUCACUCUAUAGAGCACUCAUAUCUACCAUCUAAAAAGCACUACUGUGCACAAUAUCCUAGUGACUAUGAUCUUGGAGGAAAUUAUCUAUGGCACAGCAAUUUCUCCAUUGCUAACAACAUGACCGAGCUGCAGCUUUCGUCAGGAGAAUUGAACAGUAAUGUUCAUCAUUCCCCAUGUCCGGGAACUACAUUGGCAACGAGCAGACAUGAUUUCAAUCAUGUCUUUCCAAGUACAAACAUUUCCACCUCGGAUUUCUGUUCCACCUUGUUGUCAAGCUCUUUGGACUUGAACUUGAAAUCCUUGGAUCUUUUGACCUCAACGCAUGAUGGUGGAAGCUAUAAUCAAUCUUUACUUGAUAUGAUUCCCGGGAAAUUAAGCAGAGGCGUGUUUAUGGGCCAUGAAUCCCAUGAUCACAGAAGAGAACAUAGUGAUAGUACAUCCACCAGUUCCAAAGUAUCAUCCUUUGUUAGUGGAUCCAUUACAAGCACAAAGAGGCCAGGUAGCUUUUCUGAUACAAUGGAAUCGACGCAUACAGAUGCUAAAAAGCAUAGGUCCUCAUGUCCCACAUUGAAGCUGCAGGUUAGGAAAGAGAAACUAGGAGACAGGAUUGCAGCUCUUCAGAAGUUAGUGGCACCUUUUGGCAAGACAGAUACAUCUACUGUGUUAACAGAAGCCAUUGGGUACAUCCAGUUCCUCCAGGACCAAGUUCAGACACUGAGUGUGCCAUUUAUGAAGUCAUCACAAAGCAAGCAUUAUGGGCCAAAGCAAGGGGGUUCAAGAGAGGAAGAAGGGAAAAAAGAGCACAAGUGUGACCUUAGAAGUAGAGGAUUAUGCCUUGUGCCCCGGUCUUUGGCAUCACAGUUUAUUAAUAGUUGCUGUAGUGGGAUUUGGACAUCUCCCCAUUGAGAGAACUUGAGGUUGUACGUAAUAAAUAGUCAUUGUGGCCUUUCGGAUUAUGACGACUACAGGUGUAUGACCGUAGGUUCAAGGUCUGGUUAUGGAAGCUUACAUCUUUGGCUGGCUCAUUU